UGCGUGUGUGUGUGUGUGCAGUCGCUGAGCUGCAGCAGCGGACGGUCAUCUGCUCCUCCAAUGGCUCUGUGCGGAUGCUGCUCUCCACAGCGCGGGUUGAUUAUUGAUCAGGUUAUUGAUCAGCUUAUUCUCCAUCAUCGCUCGGCUGUUCAGGGAUGGAGGACGAUCUGCUGUGUGAGUAUGACUCCACCUGGGACACGGAGAGCGACGGGGACGAGCUGGAGCACAGCGGUCGCAGCAGGAAAACACGGCCCGCCUUCUGGUCCAACUCUUCCUCCAGGAAUCUCAGAGCGGCCAAGGAUAUGCAGAACUAUAGACAUGGAUAUCCAAAUAUCAAUGAAGAGGAGUGUCCAGAAGAAAGAAUGACCAACUUAAAGUUCUACCUAAAUGAAAUUAAGUCUUCUCCUGACGACGUCUCGAUUGAGACGUUUCACACAGAGUGGAGGACCGAUUACAAAAGGCUGGAGAGAGUCCAUUCCUACAUUCAGUGGCUGUUUCCUCUGCGGGAGCCGGGAGUGAACUACAUGGCAGCAGAGCUCACCAAGAAGGAGAUCCAGGCGUUCAGGGAGAGUGAAGAAGCUAAGAGUCGUCUUUUAGACUCGUAUGAACUCAUGCUGGGCUUCUAUGGGCUUCAGCUCCUGAACAGAGAAACUGGAGAAGUGAAGCGCGCCGACAACUGGAGGGAGAGAUUCGCUAAUCUAGAGAGAAACAUGCACAAUAAUCUGAGAAUUACCCGGAUACUCAAGAGUCUCGGAGAGCUUGGCUUUGAGCACUUCCAGGCUCCUCUGGUGCGUUUUUUCCUGGAGGAAACUCUGGUGCGUAAGACGCUCAGCAGUGUCAAACGCAGCGUCCUGGACUACUUCCUGUUCGCGGUGCGGGACAAGCGGGAGCGCAGGAAGCUGGUGCGCUUCGCCUUCCAGCACUUUGAGCCCAAAGACAAGUUCGUGUGGUGUCCUAGAAAAAUCCAGAAGCGCUUCAAGAAGAAGUCGGAGAAGCGGCAGAACUCUGUGGUGCUGAGCGGAGAGAGCGCAGCCAAUGAAGACUCACGAUACAAGAGCAAAGAUGGAGAAGCAGACGCCAAACACUGCAAAUCCACCGCCGAUAUCACCGAUGUGAAGAAACAAGAGGACGGAGAGUGUGAGUCCAGAGCUGAAGAUCCAGAGAAACACACAGAAUCAGACGAGCAGCAUCUGAAUAAUGGACAGAGCGCUGAUGUUCAGCCUGCAGACACACCGGAUGAAGACCUCCAGAAUCUGGCUAAUAAUAAUAAUAUUAGCGAGUGUGAAGCUGGCGCCGCGGACUGCACAGACCCUCAAGAUCAGAUGGACAGUCCAGUGCGUGCUGGAGAGCCUACAGAACCUGCAGCAGGAUCAGCAUCAGGUUUAGCAUCAGGAGCGAGCAGAGAUCGGACUGACAGCCCAGAAUGCAUUGCUCCAUCUGAGACGUUCCCCCAGCCGGACUCGGACAGCAGAACUGGAGAAACGAACGGACUAAACCACAAGCAGCCGGAGCCGGAGGAGCCCAUGGACACGCUGGAGAUCUGCUCCUAGCUCACACACCACUGCUGCUCACGAAACACUUUAACAACUAGCUAAAAGAUCUGAUUAGGGUUGUCACGAUGACAUUUAAAAAACAUCCACUUCCCGCUAACAUUUGAGCGUGUUCUUAAACACUGCUGAUUGGUCGUUGUGUUCAUGUGCUCAACAGAAAUGACUGUGAUUGGCCGUGCAGGUCAUCAGUUCACCACUGUUCUGAGUGUAAACACAGAUACGGGGACAUCGGAGUGUUUUAAAGCCGCGAAGAUCAGUCGAUCCAUCAGCAGAUUGCUUGUAUAUGAGCUCAUUGACAGAUCAGCUGAUCUAAGCAGCUUUAAAACACUCCAGUGUCCCUGUAUCUGUGUUUACACUUGGUAGAGAUCUGCUCCUAGCUCACACUCCACUGCUGCUCACGAAACACUUUAACAACAAGCUAAAAGAUCUGAUUAGGGUUGUCACGAUACUGAAUUUAUGUAUCGAUUGAUACUGACAUUUAAAUCCAUUUCCCGCUAACAUUUGCGCGCGUUCUUAAACAGCGCUGAUUGGCCGUUGUGUUCGCCUGCUCAACAGAAAUGACAGCUGUUCUCUGAAUGCUACCACAGAUACAGGGAAACUGGAGCAGUUUAAAGCUGCAAUGAUCAGUCGAUCCAUCAGCAGAUUGCUCAUAUGUCAGCUCAUUGACAGAUCAGCUGAUCUACGCAGCUUUAAAACACUCCAGUGUCCCUGUAUCUGUGUUUACACAAAAAGUGGUGAACUGAUGACCUUCACGGCCAAUCACAGUCAUUUCUGUUGAGCAGGUCAACACAACGGCCAAUCAGAAGCAUUUCAGAAUGUUAGCCAGAAGUGGUUGUUUUAAAAUGUCAGUAUCGUGAGGACACUAGAUCAGAAAUUAUAUUUGUUUUCAAGGGAUUCCUUCAGAUAUGCUUUCGCUUAAGACUUGGACACAGCAAGCUGAUGGCGAACAGCUAGCAGAAUGAAACGAGAGUGUGUGAUUUGUGCCCGUGCGGAGGAUGUGUGUUUCUGCUCCAGCAGGGGGCAGGAUAGUCUGUUUAUUUAACUAAAGGAAACCAAACUUCAGAUGAACACGUGCAAAGCAUAAAUAAAACAGCGUUCAGCACCAUUAUCACAGUAAUCGUCACUCACCGCGGAGGGAUUCACUCCUGCAGAUAUGUCGGAUAAUCGUCACUUCCCUACGUCACACUUUGAUUCGCUGCUGAAUAACCAAUCAUUCUACACGCUAAAUCUGGCCGAUGAGAUCCGAGCGUGGAGAAUCGGAGUCACCUAAAAGUCACCUUCUGCACGCUGUUUCUGUUGCUCUGCAAUAACACUUCUGAAAUGCUAGUUGGAAGUAGGUGUUAAUGUUCCUCUGUGUCAAGUUUCUUUGCUAGUUUUUUUUUAACGCUUCCUGAAUGUACAAGUGGCUCAAACGCGCUCAUUUUGAGGAACCAGCGGAUGAGCUACAACUUUAACCAUGAGGUAAACACAAAACAAAACUUUCCAUCUGGAGCUCCUUCAUGGGAGUCCACACUUGUAAACAAACGCUCCAACGACUCGCGCGGCUUUCGGUGUCGCCCAAACUCGUCAGCACUACCAAGCUGACCAAUAACAAAGCUUGGACUAUGCGUCGUUGCGACAUGUAGUAAAUUUUUUUAAAAGGUGUGCGUCAGCGACGCCGACGUCGACGGCCACAGCGAAGGCUAUAUGUGUCCACCCGUAGGCCGCGCCAUAGCAUACACGUGCGCUUGACACGAAAGUAUAAAUCAGCCUUAAGACAGCACUCUGAUUGGUUAUCCAGUAGCGAAUCAUAGUGUGACAUAGUGAAAUGACGUAAACAAUUCAAGUCACGAAGAAACACACAGAAGUCGGCUGUAAUUUCACUACAUGUCCCAAAUAUCUGCAAACUAUAUGGAUUGUUAGAUUAUCAGACAUAUCUGGAGUAAAUCCGCAAUGCUAUCCCACUGCAAUUCGUAACUUUUUGAUUUAGUGGCUAAUUCGUAUAAAAUCGUACAAUCUCAUUCAUACAAUUUAGUAAGAUUUGCUCAUCCAAUGACAGUUGGGUUUAGUGGCGGGGUUGGAUGCCACGCCUACUUUUUAAAAUCGUACAUUUCUGUACGACUGAACUCGUACGAAUCAGCCACUAAACUAACAAAACGUAAAAUAGUUACGUUUCCUCGUAAGAUCAGGCUGGAAUCCUUCGCUGGUGAGUGACGAUUACUGUUAUAAUGGUGCUGAACGCUGCUUUGUUUACACUUAAAUGCGCACUGGAAAUUCUGGUUUCCUUUGGUAAUGAGAAAACAGACUACACUGCCCCCUGCUGGAGCGGAACCGCACGUCCUGUUGUAGAAGUUCAGAACACACAGCUUUGUUUCAGAAAGCUUUCGCUCAGUUAGUGUGUUCACGUGUACAUUGUUUGUUUAGACCAGGAGUGUCCAAACUCGGUGCUGGAGAGCCAGUGUCCUGCGCAGUUUUGCUUCAGCUUGCUUCAUCACGCCUGCCUGGACUUUUCUAGUAUAUCUAGAAAGAGCUUGAUUAGCUGGUUCAGUUGUGUUUCAUUGGAGUUGGAACUAAAAUUUGCAGGACACCGGCCCUCCACGACUGAGUUUGGGCACCCCUGGUCUAGACAGAACCUGAUGUGAGCCCUUUUUUGUUUGAUCUGCGCUAGUUGUCUGGCGUGGCCCAGCAGUGUCCCGACCCGAAUGAUUCGAGUAUACGUUUCAUUAAUGUGAAUGUUAUUGUCAGGGGAGACAUACGCCUGUCAGCACUGCUGGUUUAUUCUAGAUAUUUGUUCACACUUAUUUACACUUUACAGGAACUGAUCAAAUAAUGUCAUGUUUACAAAUACAAAACCAUCUUUAAGAAAAUCCACCCACAAUACAUAAAGUUAUAGUGACGGUUCACCCAACAACAUAUAAAUGUACUGGUUAUUUACUCUCCCUCAAGUGAUUAUAAACCUUUAUGAGUUUCUUUCAUCUGUUGAACACAACAGAAUAUAUUUUAAAGACUGCCGGUAACAACUGACUUCCAUUGUAGGAAAAACGAAUACUAUGGAAGUCAAUGGUUACAGGUUUCCAGAAUUCUUCAAAUUAGAAACGUUUUGGGUGAACUGACCCUUUAAGAUGAUCAUUAUUAUGAUGUAUUGUUGUGGAUUCUGCCCUAAAACUUCUGACCUCUGCGUUUGACUUCAGCAGUGAUUCAGAAAGUUGAUUCUCUGAAUGUUCAGCACAUGCAAUAACUCUCAAUUUGUAAAGUUUUUACCCCCUUCCCCCCCACAGUACCUGAAAUGACCGCUUCUUGAAAUAUCUAAAAUAAGCUUUUUUUUUGUUUGUUUCUGCCUGAUUUAAUGUUCAUUUACUGUUGCUUCUGUUGUUUAAAGCCCCUCUCCUGUUCUCUACUCAUAUGAUUAAAUGCUUUCUGAAAUAAUCAUUCAACUUUA